CCCCGCGCCCAACCCGACGGCACCAAGUGGCAGGUGGAGGAGUUGGAGGACCUGAAGGCCCUGCGCCAGCGCAGCUUUGGCCUGGACAUGGACGAGGAGGACGUGAAGCUCAUAACGCAGGUGCUCGAGAACGUCCUGAUCGAGCACAAUGGUCAUUAUGAGGCAGAUGUCUUGAAUGACACCUUCUUUGAGACAGGGAAGAACAUCGAGUUCGGGGUCGUCUGGGUCCGCUUCGAUGGUCCUCGCGCAGGUCGUGGCUUUCACUCGUUCGUGGAGUAUCGGGCCAAGGACGCGACCGAAGAGGUCAUCUUUGAGAUCAUGCAUAACGCCAGCUACAAAUACAUCGGUGGCCUGGACGCGUACUCGAUCAACUACGUCGAACCGCGCUUCCAUUACAUGGACCAUGUGUGGGUCGGGAGCACCAGCAGCCACGUCGCCAUCAGCACGGCAAGCAGGAAGCGAGCGCGAGCCAUACGGACAGCUUAUUGA